AUAGGAUAGCGUAGCAUUGAAAAAAAGAUGAAGACUAGCAACUGUCGUACAAGCAAAUGGCAUUCACCUCCAAAACGCCAGUGAUUGGGCAGUGCCUUUAAUAAUAUAAAAACCCGCAAUCCCAUAUCUCUUUGUUGCUUAAUUUCAGCAGAUACAACACAAUCUCCAUACUGAAAACAUUGUUUUUCAGAUGAAAUACUACCGGGUUUUAGACAGAAUAUCGCGAAAGUUCUGAGAUGCAUCUAAUGUUUGGAGUUCCUGUUGUUCAAGGAGAUCAUAAAGUUGAAGAGAGAAAGUGGGAGAAAGAGAGAUAGAUAUUAGCUCAGGCCAAGAAAAUUUCAGAUUUAGUAUUAAUUCUCUUUAGUGCGUAAAGGGUUUUUUCCUUUUUCUAUUUUUUUCUAUUUUUUGCAUUCAGACUCUUUUAUUGCCCAUAAAGCUGAAAGCAUUGAAGGAUUUUUAAGAGUGAUUUAAGGGAAACGAAUGGCUGCGGCAGUGAUUAAGGAAGCAAAACCAAUCUCUUCAGCCUCUGAAGUUGAGUUUGCAAAAUGUGACUGUUGCGGCUUUUCAGAAGAGUGCACGCCAGCUUAUAUUUCUCGGGUGCGAGAGAGGUAUGGUGGUCGUUGGAUUUGUGGAUUGUGUGCAGAGGCUGUUAAAGACGAGACAUGUAGGGCCAAAACUGAUAUUAGUACUGAUGAGGCAUUGAAGCAGCACACGAAGUUUUGUCAACAAUUUAGAUCUUCUACACCUCCAAGGAAUCCUACCGAGGAAUUGAUUUCGGCCAUAAAACAGCUGCUUCGACGAGGUUUGGAUUCUCCUAGGAAGAAGAAAUGUUCCGUUUUCCCAUCAGAAGGCUCAUCGCUUUCGAUUGAGAGUUGAAGGCUUUGAAGAGGAUUCAAUAAUGACCAUGAAUGGUUCAGUAAUUGACCAAGAAAGGUAAGGCAACCUGGGAUUAGUUACGGCUCAUGUUCUUAGUUACUCCAAUGUUUUUCUAAUAUGUUCUUGGUGGCUAGUGGGAUGGUUUUAGUGUAAUGGUUAUGCUAAUGACAUUAGAUUGAAUGGGGCAAAGUUGAAGGGAUUUCCCUUCAUGAACUUCAAUCGAAUUGAAUUUGGUUA